AUGGGAAUGGAAGAUUCUAUGGGCCAUGGGGAAGGGAAGGGGUUAAGCAGGGGAGGAGUAAAGGAUUCUUGGCCUAAAAAGGAAGAAAAAAAGAGGCAAGAGGUAUACUCCAAGAAAAGUAGCGAACUUUAUCAUUUUGGUGUAGCUCUCCUCUCCAAGUUCUCCAAGUUUGAAGAAAGAAAGCAUCAUCCGAGAGGGUUUAGCAAGGAAGAGGAGCCUUCUAGAGGGAUGUUUUCAAAAUCGGCAGGAUCUCGAAGGGUUUCACCACUUCGUUAUCACUAUCUCAUUCAAAACCACCCCUUUUCGUCGUCUCUCCAAUCCCUCAACAACUCACCAAAUCAACACUCGUUCACGGUGCGUUACCUCGUAAAAUCAUGUGGGUUUACUCCAGAAAAAGCUCUAUCACUGUCGGCAUCAAAGUACUGUGUGAAAUUUGAAGCUACUGGCAAGCCAGACUCAGUCCUGGCAUGCUUCAAGAAACACGGAUUCACCCAAACCCAGAUCACACGCAUCAUUGCAAAGCAACCUCGCGUGCUCUUGUGCAACCCCGAUAAAUCCAUUCUGCCCAAACUCGAAUUCUUCAUGUCUAAAGGCCUUUCAAGUGGAGAUGUUGCCAAGAUGGUAUCUGCAUCCCCACUCCUUUUGGCAAGAAGCUUGGAAAACUGGAUCAUACCGUCUUUCAAAUUUUUCAGUGGUUUGCUUCGAUCCGAGGAGACAACUGUGAGUGCUAUGAAGCUCUAUUCCGGGUUACUUUUGUUGAAGCAAACUCAUGUGACGGCCAAUAUUGAGCUACUGAGAGAAGCUGGUGUUUCGAAUUCGAAUAUCAUGUUUUUGUUGAAGAGCCAACCCAUUGGACUGACGAGGGACAUCAAAUGGAAUAGUACGGUUUUGGAUGAGGUUAAGAAAAUGGGUUUCGAUUCUUCGAAAAAGAUGUUUGUGGUGGCCGUCCAUGUGUUGAGGGCAAUGACUAAGUUGACGUGGGAAAAGAAGGUUGAGGUUUAUAAGAAAUGGGGUUGGACUGAUAAUGAUAUUAUUGGAGCUUUUAAGAUUUAUCCAAUGUGUAUGGCUGCAUCAGAGAAAAAGAUAAAUGCGGCGAUGGAUUUUUUUGUCAAUCAAAUGGGUUGGGAAUCUUCGUUCCUGGCAAGAAAGCCAAUAAUUAUUGCAAUGAGCUUGCAGAAUAGGAUUGUUCCGAGGAGUGCAGUUUAUCAAGCUUUGUUGUCGAAAGGUUUAAUUGAGACCAAAGAUAUCAGCUUGGUAACAUUGCUACAUUUUUCUGAAAUGCAGUUCCUAAAGAAGGUUUUGAGCUAUCAGAAAGAGGAAGCUCCUGAGCUAUUGAAGUUGUAUAAGGAAAAGAUGGAUCUUGCAAAGUGA